AUGGCUUCAACUCGCUCAAUAGCUCGUCUCCUCAACCAUGUAUCGCAACACUCCGCCACCUGCCCUUGCCAUACCACCCACCAUGCCGCGUCAACACCCGCUGCUCUCUCCCAACUGAGGCGUUAUGCGACACCCGUCGACAACAAGGAAUACGCAUUUGAGGUUGCAGCUUCCAAUCUACGCUUUGGCUCAAAUGUAACGAGUGAAGUUGGGUACGAUCUAUCCAACAUGAAAGCUCGCAAGGUCGGAGUCUUCACCGACGUGAAUCUCGCCAGCCUUCACCCAAUGAAAGCGACGCUCGCGUCUCUUGAUGUUCAACCUGAUCUCCCCUUCGAAGUCAUGGCACUGCCGGCUGGAGAGCCAACUGAAGAGAGUUGGGCCAGCGCGAUUGAGUGGGCGCGCACCCAUGACUUCAGUCAUUUCCUGGCCGUCGGUGGCGGAAGCGUGAUCGACACAGCCAAAGCAGCAAACUUAUUCACUGUCUUCAAAGAGGCACAACUUAUGGACUUCGUCAACGCGCCAGUCGGGAAAGGCUUACCGGUUACCCAGCCUCUCCGCCCGUUGAUUGCGAUCCCCACAACCGCAGGAACGGGAUCAGAAACCACUGGCGCCGCUAUCUUUGAUGUUACAUCCCGGUCAUUCAAGACGGGAAUCGCCAAUCGAGCUUUGAAACCAGUGCUUGGUAUCGUGGACACCCAAAAUACGGCAACAUGUCCGCGUGAGGUCCACAUUUCUGCUGGCCUUGAUGUCUUGUUCCACAGUCUCGAAAGCUAUACCGCGAUUCCUUAUACCAAACGCACCCGACCCUCCAACCCUAUCCUUCGGCCUGCUUAUCAGGGAAGCAAUCCUGUUGCUGACGUCUUUUCGUUCUGGGCUUUACAAACUACGGUCAAAUACCUUCCUCGAGUUGCCAAAAAUACCGACGAUGACGAGGCGCGGCGACAGAUGCUGCUGGCUGCGUCCUUCGCAGGCAUAGGAUUUGGCAAUGCCGGCGUGCAUCUGUGCCAUGGGAUGUCUUAUCCGAUUUCAGGAUUAAACAAAAAAGGACCAAAGUACAAGCAUCCUGGGUACCUUAACCCUCAGCCAAUCAUCCCCCACGGUAUCUCUGUUGCCAUCACUGGCCCAGCAGUGUUCCAGUUCACUGCUCCCUCUUCACCAGAUAGGCAUCGACAAGUGUUGGCUGUAUUCAACAACACUAGCCCAUCAGACCCAUCAAUUACGCGCAUUCCGGACUCAGAAAUCGGCGCUCACGUAUAUGAUACCAUAGCUCGGUUCUUAGAUGGACUUGGCGUCCCUCGCGGGUUGAAAGCACUGGGUUACACAACAGCUGACAUCCCUAUGUUGGUUGAAGGAACAAUUCCUCAGCGACGCGUUCUGGAUCUCGCGCCGGGUAUUGGAGAUGUGGUGGACGAAGAUGGCCGAGAGCAUUUGACAAAAAUGUUGGAACAGUCGCUUGAAUAUUAA